AGGUGCCGCCUUUGCCUCACGUUUCCCGCCCGGGCGGUGCUGCCUCCUCCCUGAGGAGGAGGGCGGGUGUUCGCCUCCGAGGAGGGGGCCGCCCGCCGCGACGCCAUAAACGGUUUAAUCCUAACUGGAUAGGUACAACGGAGCUACUUUGCCUUGAUCUGUUACUCUUCCCUGGGCACUGUGGUCCUGCAGCAGAGGGGAUGAUUGUGGAUUGACCAGUUCCUUGAGGAUUGAUUCAUGUUCCCAGCAUGGGGGUUUCUAGCUGUAGUCCUCACAACUUUUGCUAGCAUUUACUUUUUACCAUCUCCCAUUGAUCCAGAACCAUUCGUUUUUGAAAAGCCACCUCCUGCCUUAGUUGGAUCAUUGCAAGUGAAUAAAAAGCUUCAGAGUGGACAAAGAAUCUUCACAGGACAACUGAAAGGUCCCGAGUCUUUUACUGCUGAUGAUGAAGGUAAUAUCUAUACUGGUACUGUGGAUGGGAAACUCUGGAUGAUCAGUGGUGAUCAGCUGCAUUUCAUUACUCAAAUGGGACAGGACUUGCCUGAAUGUGGAACUCCAGACUAUGAGCCAAUAUGUGGCCGGCCACACGGAGUGCGAAUGGAUCAGGACGGUAACCUGAUUGUGGUGGAUUCUUAUUUAGGCCUGUACAAAGUCAACCCAAAGACAGGAGAGAAAUCCCUCCUGCUGUCAAGUGAACAAGGUGUGGAUGGGCUGCCUUUCAAAUUCCUAAAUGGAUUAGAAAUAUCAAAGAAAAAUUUGAUUUAUUUUACUGAUUCAAGUAGCAAGUGGGAAAGACGACAUCACAGAUAUGAGGUAAUUGAAACAAACCAUCUUGGUCACCUCUUGGUCUAUGACCCUGCAACAAGAACAGGAAGAAUAGUGCUCAGUGGCUUGUACAUGGCAAAUGGGAUUGCACUGUCUCCCGAUGAAGAUUACUUAUUGAUAGCAGAAACCAGCAUAUGUAGAAUCUUAGGGUAUAAUUCCCUUUUUGCAGGCUAUUGGGGUGAGUGAGCUAAUGCAGGAAAAGAAGUUUUUGUGGACAACCUCCCUGGGUAUCCAGACAACAUCAGAUUAUCAAACACAGGCUUAUACAGAGUUGGAAUAUCUACUGCUCGCUUUCCCGGUUUCUUUUCUCCUUUUCUGGAUGCUUUAGGACUGUAUCCAUUCCUGAAGAGAUUCAUUGUAAAGGUGACUCCUUUAUCAUUCUACAGCAUUUUUCUUCACAAACAUGGCUUGUUCUUGGACAUUAAUGACAAAGGAGACAUUGUGGCAAGCUUCCAUGACCCUGAUGGCAGCAUCACUUGGGCUGUCAGUGAUGUCUUUGAGCACGAUGGGAAGGUCUAUCUAGGCAAUACAGAGCUGCCUUUUCUUGUGGUGCUACAGUAAACUUCAGUUUUCAGAAGCUGUAGCAUCAAAAGAAAGAUAGCAGUGUUGUUUCAAGCUGCUGGUAAAUGAUUUUCUCUAGUCAAUGGAAGACUGCUGUGUCACUGGAGGAGAAAUGAAACUGAUACCACGUGGCUAAGCAGAAAUGAGAAUACAAUGCAGAAAUACUUGUUUUAGAAGCUUGUGAAAGUCUCAGACUUACAUAGGUUAAAGGUACCAAAUCACCUUGCUCUAUAGCUCAGAAAAGUUACGUGUAUUUUUUCAACAACAGUUGCACAUCAUCAAGGAAUUCAACUCUGUACCAGGGACUGGAGUGAGUAGCACAUAUCUCACUGUUGCUCACAGUUCCCAGUUUGGAAAAAGCCUUAUGUAGGAUUUUUUUCUUCCUCUUUCCCAGAGGCUGAACAUACUUGGUUUUAAUUAUGAACAGCAGUUUCUCCAUUGUCCCUUUUUUUAAGCUUUUCCACCUAUCCAACUACAUCAGUUUCCAAGGAAAUAUGAGCAAGUACAGCUUGUGUUUGAAUUUGUUUUCUCACCUCAGCAUUUCUUCCCGGUACAAAGCAGUCACAUGUUGUCUCGCUAAACUCUCCACAUGAGGUUCCCUGUUACCAUAUAAAAGUUCACUAGUGGCCACUGUUCAGUAGCAGGGCAGUAAGCAGAGAACAGGCUUAUAACUAGGAAUUCAGUCCUCAGAAGUGUGACACAGCUUGGUCCUGUGGAAAGGUUUAACUGAAGUUCAGUAACAAGGACAGGAAGUUUGAUAGGCAGUUUAUUUUUUUCUUUCCCCAAAAGUGCAGCAGUGAACAGGGUCCUCUGGAAGGGCACUUUCUAAACAAACGUUCAAAACAGCAGAAGUUAAGUAUGCUCUCAACAUGCUACAGCAAAGUAUGCUCACAUACAGAGAGAGUGAUACAAAUUAAACUGAAUCACAAUAAACAAUACCUGUUUCAUUAUGAUGAAAUAUUGUGUUUAGUUGUAGAAUCAGUCUUAAAUUUAAUGUGAUUGAAAAGGUGUUACUAGACCUGCUCUGGGGGUGUUUUGCAUGUCUGUGUCCCUGUUACAACUUUAUUCUGCAAAAUGAAGCAGCCCAAUUCAAUGGGCUGAUGCUGGGUAAGCACAUACUGGCUGUACUCACUUAUGCUGAAGUGGUAUCAAAUGGUUUUUGGUUUAGGAUAAUGUAAUAAAAUUCUGAAACUGUAUUUCUCCCUGUAUAGUAUCUACUUUACCUGAUGCAACCAUUAAAGUUCACAGCUCUGCUUUGAUAAUAAUGAUUUUUAAAAAUAAAAAUCAUCACAUUUUACCUAAA